AGAGAGAGACGCAGCCUGCCCUUCGCCUUGGAGCACAGGCAGAUCGAGUCCCCGCAGCAUUGAAUGUAGUCGACUGCCACCUUUAUCUCAUAAUCAAAUUCAGCAAGAAUCGGGAUAAAGGUUAACGAGCGAUAUUUGGUUCUAGCAACGUCGUUCUGGAGAUUUGCACGAAGAGAAGAGAGAAGAAACUUUUUGCACUCGUUUUAAAAGCGUGAGCAAAGACAAACUCACCAAAGGCAUCAGCCUCCGCUGUGACAAAUGUAAGAUAUUUUGUAAAGGCGGAGGAACAUUUCUGUGGAGCGUUUUGGUAAGAGUUGACGUGAUCUUUGAAGGAGUUUAACGACAGGUUGCAUGGCUUACUGGUGCUCGCGGCACAUCUCUAGCCACGGCACGCGACGAAGCGACCAGGAGAUCGUUCUCUCAGACCAGUAGGCAGCAGCACUAGAUGAGCUAUCUAGAGACGUGGUGCAUCAUCCUCUUCACGUUCGUUGCAACGCCAGAGACUUGAGACUUCCACGCAGCGACUGGGCUUGAACUCCAGUCGAAGAAGAAGAAGGCGGAGUCUUAACUUAUUAAAAGGAACUCGCCGAGGCUCGGUCGCAAAUAUGAUGAUGAUGUCUCUGAACAGCAAGCAGGCGUUCGCCAUGCCCCACACCAGUCUGGCCGAGGCCAAAUACUCCAGUUUGCAUUCUUCGUCCUCUUCCACUCUGACUUCCAACGCGCCCUCGUCCUGCUGCUCGACGUCCAGACACAGCCACACGAUCAUCAGCAGCGGAGGCUGCUCGGAGGCGAUGCGCCGAGCAUGUCUCCCAACCCCACCGAGCAAUAUAUUCGGCGGAUUGGAUGAGAGUUUGUUGGCCCGCGCGGAAGCUCUGGCGGCGGUGGAUAUAGUCUCGCAGACCAAAAGCCAUCAUCACCCUCCUCAUCACAGCCCCUUCAAGCCGGACACAACCUACCACACCAUGAACACGCAUCCGUGCACCUCGUCAUCUUCCUCUUCGUCGUCCGUGCCCAUCUCGCACCCGUCAGCUCUCGCGGGCCAUCACCACCACCACCACCAUCACCACCACCAGCCGCACCAGGCACUGGAGGGCGACCUGCUCGAUCACAUCACCCCAGGACUUGCACUUGCUGGAGCCAUGGCCGGGCCAGACGGCUCGGUGGUCUCCACGCCUGCGCACCCUGUCCACAUGGCAGGCAUGAACCACAUGCACCAAGCUGCCAUCAACAUGGCUCACGCCCAUGGGCUGCCAUCCCACAUGGGCUGCAUGAGCGACGUGGAUGCAGAUCCCAGGGACUUGGAGGCAUUCGCUGAGCGCUUUAAACAGCGUCGGAUCAAACUCGGCGUGACACAAGCGGAUGUAGGGUCAGCGCUGGCCAACCUGAAGAUUCCUGGCGUAGGCUCUUUAAGUCAGAGUACCAUCUGCCGGUUUGAAUCACUCACGUUGUCCCACAACAACAUGAUCGCCCUGAAGCCCAUCCUGCAAGCCUGGCUGGAGGAGGCUGAACAGUCGCACCGGGAAAAACUCAACAAACCCGAUCUCUUCAACGGGGCCGAGAAGAAGAGGAAGCGGACCUCCAUCGCGGCCCCCGAGAAAAGGUCCCUCGAAGCUUAUUUUGCUAUUCAGCCGCGUCCAUCCUCAGAGAAAAUUGCAGCAAUCGCAGAGAAGCUGGACCUCAAAAAGAACGUAGUGCGGGUUUGGUUUUGCAACCAGAGGCAGAAACAGAAACGCAUGAAAUAUUCGGCCUGCAUCUAGCUCGACCAGAAAACCAACAUGACGUGUCGAGAGACUCCUAAAACUGUUUAGAGACGAUUUGUAAAAUAUUUCUUAUCUCACACCUUUUUCAAUCAUCAAUAACUUGUGCAUUGAACCAGAAUUUCAUGACAUUCAAAAGAGACAUUUGAAUUUACGCAAAGGGGAUGUGGAAUCAUUUAAAGGAUCGUUUGACUGAUCAAGUAAGACCAUUCGUUUUUCCUCACUUAUUCUAGCACACUUUCUAUAUCAGAGGAGCAAGACUCUUUAAACCUCAGUCAGACAGCCUGCCUGAAGCUGAAUAGCAUAUUUUAGUCAUUUACCAGAAAGAGUUGUGUAUCGAGCUACACUUAACACCAGUAAUUAUUAUAAACUGAUCAAUUAUAAACUGAGAGGGGGAAAAUACUUCAGGUCAAAGUAGUGACAGUGUCUUGUCAGUUUUUCUCUUUUAAAAUAUUUCUUUCUCAGCAUGUCACGCUUCAAUCUGGUGUUAAUUCAGGGUUCAUUAGAUAAACAGAGGACAUCACAAAUUAAGUCCACGAACGAUUCUGCAACAUUAUUAGAUAACACCCAAACAGCUCCUUGUAAAUUAUUGAUUUAGCUGUUACAUGCAUCAUUUUGUCUGUCGUCUUCUUAAUUCAACUUCUGUGAUUUUAAUAAUGAUAACCAUAGCCUACAGUUUGGCAAUGGGCGAUAAUAAUAUCCAUAUUUUUCUUGUAAAGGCAUCUUUGCUAUAACUGAUCUCUUAGUUAUUCAAAUAGAACAUAUUGGAUAUACUGAACACGAGGAGAGGUUCAGUUGUUUUAAGUAAUGGGAUUUGUUCAGCCAAAUAUCUGUUGCAAUACGCCUGCGCUCUAACGUUUCUUAUGAACUAUUUAUCAUGUGAGGUAAUGUUUACUUCAUUACAUAUUUAUUGGGAUUCCCUCCACGUUUCUGCUUGAGAAAAUCAUAUUGAGACAACAAGGAAAACGUGGCCCUCUGCAAAUGGGGAAACUGCUUGAAACAGGACACUUUUAUUUUAUGUUUUCUUUCGUUCUUCUAACGUUUCGAAAAGGCACAAUCGAGAGAUAUAUGAGAACAUUUUCUUUGAAAUUAUUUUCAUGUAUGUAAUCUGCUUAUUUAUUUGUAUAAAUAUACGCGUAUAAUUAUGGAGUCGUUGCUUGUUAAAUUCACCAUGUUGAGU